UUAUUUCUUCUCAUUCGUAUUUCAGUGGCCAGUGUCUUGGCGGGAGAUGUAUCACUAAUCACUUUCACCCGUCUGCAUCAACGCAUAAAGAUAUUUACAAAAGCUGCAUGUGUGAACAUAACGAUUCUGUAGCCUGCAAACACUGCUAUACGGAGGUCUCUGACAACGGUACGUAUGGUUCGUGCUUCCCUACGGACGUACCACUCGGAUUCAGAGAACGCUGCUACAAGGGUGUGUGCAAUCAACAAGGAGAGUGCGUGCCAGAGAAGGAUGUUCCUUGCGGCAACGGUGUCCUCGAUGAAAGAGAGGAAUGUGAUGCCGGAAAGAACGGCGUAAAAAAUCUAGAUAAAUGCUGCAACAGUACUUGUUAUCUCAGAGAGUUUGCACAAUGCAGUAACAUCAACAAAGCAUGCUGUAGAGAUUGCAAAAUCGCACCAAAAGGAACAGUGUGUGAGGCGAACUUUGACCUUCCGUGUAUGGAGACUGGGAAGUGCGAUGGUGUUUCUCCAGAUUGUCUCUUUGAUGUGCCUAAAGAGAAUGGGACAGUCUGCUAUGACACAGGGUUAUGUCAUAACGGCAGAUGUAUUACUAAUUACUGCAAGAUGCUUGGAUUAUUGGAUAAUCGGUUCUACAGACCCUGCAUGUGUGAACAUAACGCUUCUGCAGCCUGCAAAGCGCUGCUGUCUGGAGGUCUUUGACAACGAUACAAAUGGUCCGUGUUUCCCUACGACCGAAACACUUAGACCUGGACAACGCUGUUACAACGGUGAAUGCGAUGAAAAAGGGCUGUGCAUUUCAUUGGAAGGUGUAGUUAUGGUCCGGUUCAUCAAAUUCUUCUUCAACAAGGACUUUAACGCUAUUGAAGAGGCCAUGAAGACUAACGUCGUCAUGAUUGUCGUGUUUCUGACGGCACUAUUCUGGAUCCCAGCCAGCUGCUACAUUUCCUACAUAGACAGGAAAAAUGCGAAAGCUGCAUGUGAGAAACAAAAGGCGAAGAAACCUGCAUCAAUUUCAAGUCAUGAAAUUGAAUUGAAGAAGAUGAGCAUUAACAAGAAUCAGGUUGAGCCUGUAGUCGACCUGCCGCAGAACCGAAAAGCCCUGGGCAACCAACUGUGAACUGGAGGAUUUGGAAAAGAACCCAUAGUCUAUCGGUCGUGUUCAGAAACCGUAUUAACACGAAAUAGUCCCGAAAAGUCUGUCCUUACACAAACAGAUUAAAUAAGACCUAACAUUUAGUCGAUAUUUUCUGUUAUCUAAUUAAAGGCUUUUACUUUAAAGUGUCACACACACACACACACAACGGAACACGAUAUUUCUUCAAUUACAAGAACUUUUUAGAUUUAUUGCACAAUCACAUACCAAAAAGUGCCGACGAGUCCCAAAGUCCGGCUUAACUUUUAGUUAACAAAACUUUGAUUAAAAAGAGUUAUAAAAUUUAAUCUUCAAUAUAGCAAAUUAGCUUAUUGUUGACAACGUCCUUGAUGUUUGUUACUGAGUCCUUAAAAAUUCCAAAAGUGUUUUUCUUAACUCAGAUAAUUCAAUAAAAUAUUUG